AUGGACUUAGGUGUGUUGACAGUUAACGACGAAAACUAUACGAGGGAUCUCCAUUACCAAGAAGCUCUGUUUUCUUCCUUGGUCGCUUCAAAGGCUGAGACUAACCAUCAUCCCCAAAUCCAAAGGAAUAUCGCCACUUGUAUUAAGCAGAGAGCACCGAUGAUCAAAACCGAGAACGAACCAUCUAAAAGGUCAUGUAUGAUCUGUAUGGACGAGAAGCCUUCCUCGGACAUCUUCCGAGGAGCCACUAACUGUGAUCACUCUUACUGUACCAAGUGCACCAUCCGUUACGUGGUGACCAAGAUAGAGGAAAACGUUGCGAGGAUCAAGUGCCCUGACGUGGAGUGCAAGCGUCUGAUAGAACCGUACACGUUUCGAGAUCUGAUCCCAAAGGACGUGUUCGAUCGUUGGGGCAAAGCCUUGUGCGAGUCGUUGAUCAUGUCUUCGGAGAAAAUCUACUGCCCGUUCCAAGGCUGCUCGGCGAUGAUGGUGGUGGACGAUGAUGCUAGAGUGACGGCGACCGAAUGUCCUUCUUGUCACAGACUGUUUUGCGCUCAAUGUAAGGUGACGUGGCACGCGGGCAUUGGGUGUCAGGAGUUCCAGAGAUUCGGGAACACGAAGAUGAAGAGAAGCAGUAGCGAUGAAGAAGAUGCAAUGCUGAUUGAGAUGGCCAAGAAGAAGCAGUGGAGGAGGUGCCCUAGCUGCAAAUUCUACGUUGAGAAAAUCGUUGGCUGUAUGCAUAUAAACUGCAGGUGUGGUUUUCAGUUUUGCUAUAAAUGUGGAUCAGCGUGGACUUCUCGUCACGCUCUUCACGCAUGCUGA